AUGGAAUCUUUGGCAACAACCAUUCGUUUCGUCUCGCUGAACUGCCGAACACUGUCAAGUGAACUCCAACAAGUCGCCUUGUCUAGGCUUCUGCGAUAUCUCUGUGUGGCUUUUGCUGCGCUGCAGGAAACACGCACCAGAGAUCGUCUUGUCAUCAGUAUCGGAAACUACACUGUCUACAGCACUGAUGCUGAUGAAAAGAAAAUAGGUGGUCGCGCGAUAGCUUUAGGAGACGAACACAACAACCUAGUGAAGAAUUUGGCAAGUGGCCAUGCACCUAUGGAAACAGCUGAGGCCAACAACGAUGACACCUUCUACGAUGAAGUCAAAGCUUUGGUGUCUAAAAUACUCAGCCAGCAGCCGAUCAAGUUCGGAAUGGACGCCAAUACGAAGAUGGGAUUUGAACAAAAAUCCGAUGUGCUAGGAAAAUUGCAUUACCUAAUGGAGAAAUAA